UGUCCGGGAAUUGUCAUGAAGCAACGUAGACACAAAUUUGAAAUUUUAUGACUGCCCCCUUCUCCCUCUGUUGCCGUUACUAAGGAAACCAGACCAUCCCAGUAAAGCGCACAUCAUUGUAGAACGUCAUCCGUCCAAGUCCUUGUAAAGAACAGGCUCCCUCAGUUAUUCUUCAGUUUCAAAUACGGGUUACAAUCGUGGCAACCAAGACAUAGGAGAUGGCCGAUCAUUCGGAGCUAAUGGCGGAGAUGGCACUUGUUGAGAAGAUGAGCACACAAGAGAGGCUAAAGCACGCCCGCAAGCGACGACUUCAACAGAUGAAGAAAUGGAGCCAAAGGGAGAAAGAGUACAGCAGCAAGAGGAAGAAAACUGAACAAAACCUGAACCGGAAAACUAAGAAGAACGACUACAAGAUUCAUUUUGUUCCGAGUGUUAUGCUUCUAGAAGCUGCUGCAAGAAAUGACAUUGAAGAAGUUCGGAGGCUACUCAUGUUAGGAGUAAGUCCCGACUCGACAAACGAAGAUGGUCUCACUGCUUUGCAUCAGUGCUGUAUCGACGAUAGCGAGGAGAUGAUGAAAUUACUAAUAGAAUUUGGUGCCAAUGUGAAUGCCAAGGACAGUGAACAGUGGACUCCACUUCAUGCAGCAGCUACCUGUGGUCAUCUUCAUCUGGUGAAAUACCUAAUUGCCAAGAAUGCUGAUCUGUUAGCUGUGAAUGCGGAUGGAAAUAUGCCAUAUGAUAUUUGUGAAGAUGACGCUACUUUGGAUUACAUCGAGUCCGAAAUGGCCAAACGAGGUGUGACACAAGAAAUGAUUGAUGAAACCAGAGCGGCCACCGAAAGGCAGAUGUUGGCCGACUUGAAACUGCUGGCAGAAAAUGGCGAAGAUUUAGAAUACAGAGAUCACCAAGGAGCAACUCCUCUUCACAUAGCAGCAGCCAACGGUUACUUAUCUGUAGUCGAAUACCUUCUAGACCAGCAUGUUUCUACAGAUUCUGUGGACAACGAUCAAUGGCAGCCUGUCCAUGCUGCUGCCUGUUGGGGACACCCUGACGUCAUUGAAAUGCUGGUACAAUCGGGGGCUGACCUUAAUGCACGAACUAAGAAUGGUGAAACUCCAUAUGAUAUCUGUGAAGAUCCUGAUUUACGAGAAAGGAUAAUUCAACUGAAAAGUGAAAUGGAGAUUAAACGGGCAGCCCAACCUCAGAAACUUAGACGUUCCCACAGCCAGAAUACAAGAAGUCAAUCGGUAAGAAGAACUAGUAUCCGAGAAAAGACGCAGAUAUCACGAAGAGAGGCUAGAGAAGAGGCAAGGUUGAGGCAGGAAAAACAGGAAGAAGCAAGAACGGAAGAGGAUGAUGAAGCCAAACAGCAGCAAGAUAUCCAAGAGUUUGAAAAAGAGAAUGGAUACGACUCUUCAGUUGAUUUGGAGUACGUGGAGUUAUCUGCUACACCAGUUGGUAACAAAGACACUUUACAAAGAUUGAAGGGACGUCCAGUAAAAGAAGUAGCUGACAUCAUCGAUGAAACGGAACAUCCAAAGAAGGAACUUAGUGAAAAGGUUCCCUCGGCCGUCUUGAAAGAUAAUGCCAAUCAACGUAAAGAAAGUAAUGUAAAUGUCAACCAGGAAAUUAUCAACCAAGAAUUGGACCCCCCUCCUGAUAAAAGUAAUUGGAGCCCAGUGGAAAACGAAGAGGCAACUGACAAUACUUUACCUUCAUCUUCAGACACGACUAAUAACCUGUCUGUACCAGCUAGAUCACAAGGAGAGUCGGUUAAAGUAGAAAUUCACGUGACAGUCAACACUAGCUCCCCCUACAGUCCUAGCCCUGGAACACUAGCCGACCUGAAGAAGCAACGCGCCGAAGUUCGCCAUCGUAACAGCCUCACUCUUUCCCAGCAAGAUCUGCCAAACACAUCUGUGGAGCACAAUGGCCAUCAAUUCAUUGCCACUUAUUCGUAUGACCCGGUGGGGUCUCGGCAGAGUUCACUACGCAGGUAUCGUAGUAAUCCUUCAGAAAUAGUUGGUGAGCCUACGCGUCGUGGGUGUUGUGUGUUAAUGUAACGUGUUUAACAUUCACAUGCUUCAGUGUAUAGAUUAUGAUGUAAGAUAAUGUGAUCUUUUUUUUUUUCCCACACGAAACAAACCCAGGUUUCUUCGGUUUGUUGUUUAAUGAAAAAAAUUACAUGUUAUUCAAUGAAUCACAAAAUAAAGUCCAUUGAUAUCGUUGGAUCAGUCCAGGUGAAAAUGAUCUCGUAAUCUGGGUUUAGGCAUAAAUUUUCUAAAGGGUACUCAACACAUAUAUAUGUAUGAAUAUAUCAGCUACCGGGUUGCGUGUAGUAGCUAUUUGAAUAAUAUUUAUGGAUCUGUGUUUUAAGGUAAAUAUGGUUUCUGGAUCAUUAAAAGCUUAGGUAUGGAACCUCUUUUUCGGGUUACUUUACGCAUUAUCUUUUUUUUUUUUUCACUAUUAGCAUAAUCAGUGAAGG